CAAAACAUCAAGACAAACCGACAACUUUUGUACUACAUUGUAUCUUGUCUCUUUUUUCUGUUGCAUGGGAGAGCCGAGCUCGAUGGGGAGACACGGCGCUGCAACGUCGAUCUACCGAGGAGUUCGAAAGCGUAAAUGGGGUAAAUGGGUUUCCGAGAUUCGCGAACCGGGAAAGAAGACGAGAAUAUGGUUAGGUAGCUUCGAGACACCGGAGAUGGCAGCGGCAGCCUACGACGUUGCUGCCUACCAUUUCCGUGGUCGCGACGCACGUCUCAAUUUCCCUAAUCUUGUCGACUCUCUUCCCUUACCUCUUGGUUCUUCCUCUGAUGACAUCCGUCUUGCUGCUCACGAGGGAGCGUUGCGAUUACGAACAACGCCGACCGUUGUGCCUGAGAGAAGUGGAACAAGUGGGUUGGGAUUGGCCCCGGUUACAGUGCGGUUGUCGCCGAGCCAAAUUCAGGCGAUUAACGAGUCGCCGUUGGAUUCGCCGAAGAUGUGGAUGCAAAUGUCGUCGGAGAGUUUGGUGAUGGAGGAGUAUUCAAAUGAGGAUGAAAUGUGGGAGAAUAUGCAGAAUGAUUCGCUGUGGGAUCCUUAG